AUGGCGUCCAAGGGUCACGUUUACGGCUUCAACAUCAAGAGCGCGAGCGGCUCGUCUGCACCCGCUACGGGCGGCUCAGCCGCCAAGCCCGCCAUCAUCGUGGACAAGUUCCAGCAGACCGCCAUCAACGCGCCCAAGAAGGAGACCGAGCGCGGCGUGCAGAAGGGCACCGGCGACAAGCCCAACUUCUCAGGCAUCUGA